AUGUCCGCCACAUUCGUGAACCCCAGUGAGUGUCCACUUCAACCUGUUGACAUUCACCCUCCCCUACGAAUGCCUCCCCCUCCCCCGCCUGCUACCCCAGCACACAGUCGCAUAGGUUCAAUUCGAGCAGGACCCCAUCUGCCCUCCUCUUCCAUCUCUUCCGCUCCUUCCUCCGCUUCCUCGUCUGGAAUAUCCUCGUGUAGUUCUACAUGCACGGCAAACUCCGGAGAACGUUCGCAAGUUGAAUUACUCGUGAACUGGCUUCUAACUGCUGGAUUCUCAGAUUACACCCCCUGCAUCGUUGCCGCGGGCUAUGAUUUGAAUACACUGCGUCGAGCAACUCCGGAAGAUCUAAACGCAUGCGGCGUGACAAAUCCUCGAGAUCGACAACAGUUGCGAGCUCGUCUCAGUCGUCUCCAACUUCCCGAAAGUCUUCCAGAUCAUGUACCGUCCAGCGUAUUUGAAUGGCUAUCGAUUAUCAAUUUGACCAAUUAUUGGCCAACUUUUCAAGCUCAAGGGCUAACAUCAUUUGAGAAAAUCAUUGUUCUGACAUGGGAAGAUUUUGAAGAGAUCGGAAUCACAAAAUUAGGACACCAAAAGAAGUUGCUGUUGGCCAUCGAACGUCUCCGACGUGUUAUGUCAAAACGAUCUGAGGAACAAAAUCAUGGAAUAGACUCCCUGAAUCGAUCCCUUCAACAUCAGAUAUCUUUAUCUCCCCAUCGAGCGCUGCGGUCAGUAUCAUUGGUUGAAGACCGAGAGAUUGGCAGAUUGAAUGAAAUUACACCCCCACCACCUCCCAGAUUUCAAGAUCCUCCCAAGGUCACAAGGAAGAUUUCCAUCGAUUGUCCAGCUUCUCUCACUUCACCGGAUCCCCACAGGAUCAGCCAACAUAAACACUUCUCCACUAGCUUUCUUGCUGAUUUCGGUCGGUUGGGAACAGGCGCUUCCAAUCCAAGUGAUAUUGUUGGUGAAGGAAGUACAAAAUCGGAUCCCCUACCUAUAAUUGAUGAUCUAGACAUUGGUGAUAAGGAGAGGGAGAAGGGAAGUAGGAUAGACCAGCAGUCAAAAGCGGUUCAUGAUGAUUCUAUCCUAACUUCAAGACAGCGUCAUAAGAACGCAGCAGCGGCGGUUGUGCCUAUUCCUGUUUCCGUCGCAAAUCAGAUGAUUCCACCUCCCACCAGUGGAACAACAAUGGACAAAGAUCUCCAGGAUAUGCAGGAUAUCCGAUCGAUGUUGGACAAAUUGAGUGAGCACUUGACUUCUCGAGGUUCUCCUUAG